AUGUCAGGUUCGCAGUUAUCUCCCAAAGGGUCAUCACCAGCCGCGGACCCACUCAAUUUCGGCCUUUCGCCUAGGUUCCUGAGCGCUUUGAAUUCUUUACCUGCGACUGCACAACCACAAAGAGCUCAGGCCAUGUCUGGAUUACCUUCUCUCAACUCACAGUCGACCUUCACUUCCGGGAAUAGUCCAGCAUCGACUCUAAUAGACGGGAAUGCUGCAAUUGAUUUAGCCUCUUCCGGGAUACCCGGAACGUCGCCUGCUGAUGAAUUUAAGCAAAACGUGUCGCUGGUGGUUGGCACCUUUAUACCUCGCGUUCAAGAGUUGACGAGGGCAAUCAUACAUGACCUUUCAAGGUCGUACGAACCGGAUGUUCCCCAGUCUCAUAUUGCUGCCAACGUCAUGCAACUCAAGGCGAGCCUGACCGAACUUCAGUCGAUUCUCCGACAAUCAGGGAUCGGGACACUUCCUCUCAAUCUCCUCGAUGGCACAAAUAACUCGGCCUCUAUCCGUGCUGUAACAGUAGAAGAUAUCUCAGCAAGUGUAUCCGAAGCGUACAGUCGUGCCACCCAGUGUCGGGCAAAUGCGACUAUCGUCCAGAACGUACUUGAACAAGAAGUUCCCACACGACGGGCGGCCUAG